AUGACUACUGCGGCGCUGACUGCGUUAGCACCUGUGAUUAUUUGUCUGAAUGCGAUGCGUCAAGGCCAUGCGCUACGGGAUGCUGCAACCAGUAUGGGUACUGUGGGCUGGGGCCCGACUAGAUUAGAUUGUGCAGAGGACGUCUGCGUAGCCGGCUGCGAUCGCCGUUCUGAAUGCGAUCCUGGAGGUUAUGGCGAAUUUGCAGAGCGUGCCAAAUGUCCCUUGAACGUCUGCUGUCCAAAAUUUGGCUUCUGCGGUACCACAAAAGACUUCUGUGGUAAUAAGGAGGUCAAGCGUCCUUCAUGCUCCGAUACGAAUGGAAUGUCUCGUGUUGUGGGUUAUUAUGAAGGAUGGAGUAUGCGGCGAUACUGCCAUAGUUUCUACCCCGAGCAAAUUCCUCGUGGUAUCUAUACGCAUCUGAAUUAUGCGUUUGCUUCAAUCGACCCAGAGACGUUUGAGAUUCUUGCCCCGGACGCCUAUGAAGCCAAGAUGAUGAAGCGGCUCACAUCGCUCAAGAAUCUGGAUCCCGAUCUCAAGGUCUUCAUCGCGGUUGGGGGGUGGACAUUCAAUGACCCAGGGCCUACUGCCACUGUUUUCUCCGAUAUUGCUUCCUCGCUUAAGAAUCAAAGGGCCUUUUUCAAGUCCUUGAUUAGCUUCAUGUCUACCUAUAACUUUGAUGGUAUUGACCUAGAUUGGGAAUACCCUGUUGCUGACGAUCGAAGCGGCCGCCCUGCGGACUACGAGAACUUUCCUAGGUUCAUUGCCAACCUUAAGAAAGCACUGAAGGGUUCAGGAGGACGAGAUGGUCUCAGUAUCACCCUGCCAGCGUCGUACUGGUAUCUUCAGCAUUUCGAUAUCAUCAAUUUACAAGAUCAUGUGGACUUUUUCAAUAUUAUGUCCUAUGAUUUGCAUGGCGCCUGGGACCAAAACAAUAAGUGGCUCGAACCGCAGUUGAAUUCUCACACAAACCUCACUGAGAUUACGAACGCAUUGGACCUGCUAUGGCGGAAUAAUAUCAAGCCUGGCAAGGUAGUCCUGGGCAUGGCAUUUUACGCCCGUGUUUUCGCAGCUGCGAGUCCCAGCUGCAUGGAACCAGGUUGUUUAUUCCAAUCUGGCGGAAAUGCAGGGCCCUGCAGUAACGAGGUAGGAAUUUUGCUCAACUCGGAAAUUGUCGACAUCAUGAACGAGCAACAGGUGAAACCAUCUCUUGACAAGGAGGCUGCGGUUAAAAUCCUCAAGUUCGACAUCAAUCAGUGGCUUACGUACGAUGAUGCCGAAACCUUUAAACUCAAGGCGCAGUUCGCGAGCAGCCAGUGCUUGGGAGGGGUUAUGGUCUGGGCUGUUUCUCAUGACCUUCCGUAUGGCAAUUUCUCUCGUGCCUUAGGGGAGGCUGCGAACCGCAAGAUCAAAGCAAUAGCUAUGAGUGCGCACUCCGAAGAUAACGAGGUGAGAAAAGUCCACCAGCAAUGUAUGUGGACGGACUGCUACGAGGAUUGUCCCUCUGGGUGGACGAUCGUCAAACGUAUGGACGACGAUGGCUCUGGAGAAGGCAUGAUCGACCAUACCGGCUGUCUGAGCGGAAGCGACCAUUUCUUCUGUUGUCCACCAAGCUCAAAACUACCGACCUGCGGCUGGUAUGGCCACCGCAACGGAGACUGCAAUGGCAGGAAUAACUGCCCAGCUGGCAUGAUAGAGAUCGGGUCCAACGACCAGCACUGCGAUACCCACAAUUACCAAGCUGCCUGCUGCACAUACCAGGAUAUCCCCAGCCUGAAGCUCUAUUCUCAAUGUCAGUGGGGCAAUUCGCCCAAGUGCGAUAAAGAUAGCUGCUCUGGCGGUACUACCCUGGUUGCGAAUUCAAGCACUGGAACCGGUGGAGACUUUUGCGAAUAUCGGAGCUAUUGGGAAGACUGGAAAGGAAACUAUGCCACCUACCAGGAACGAGUGUAUUGCUGUGACCAGGAAGAAGAUACCAGAUGGGAGGACUGCGAAUGGGAAGAAGAUUAUGGUCUUCUACGCGUCGAACCCAAUAUGGAUCUGGAGAACUACUGCUUCACUAAUUGCCCUGACGAUAAGGUACGAGUGGCUUUGGAGACAAGGAAUGGCUGCGACGCGGCAAAUGGAGGUCGUGUUCGAUGCUGUAAGCCGAAGUAUAUUACCACACAUGAGAAGGGCGCUGCAGAUUACACGGACGAAGAAAAACGACUCAAUGACCAGCUGAAAGAGUUUAUGGAACAUCCAACGUGUGGGUAUUAUGAUGAGACACUUUCAAAGCGUGGCUGGGUGGACGACGAGUAUGCAUAUGGAAAUGCCUCCUUGAGUAUAUUCGAUGAGAGGUCGCACCCAUUGGUUCGCCGCGUCACCUAUACAGCAGAAACUGCCACGGCGUAUAUAGUCUAUCGCCUAGUCUUCGAAGUAGCACCCUCACCCGAGCUAUCACCAUCACAAUUAAUGAAUAUGUGGUCGCUCAAUGUCCUCCCUCUGUAUCAGUAUCUCACAAUUCAGAGGAUCCGGACGUAUGCGCACGAAACGCUCGACUGGGUACAGGAUGGAUUCGAGACCUUCGUUACCCAGCUUAUCUGCAAUAUGGCCUAUUUCAACAGGCUGUUUUCAGGGUCCGAUAAUGGGCUAGACUGUGAAUGUGAUACGGUCGGCUGCUGUACUGAAGACAUGGUGUGUGACGAGAUUCCUGCGGGCACUGUCGAUGUUGACGUUGAGGAAUAUGGAGAAUACGGCUUGGAAACUGAGUUGGUCACCAGGGGAAACAAUCGAGUAUUAGACCCUAGAUUGGCGGAUGGACAGAAAUUCAAGUUUGUCGGGCGUGUGUACCCUAAAAAAUCCAAUGUUGUGAAGGACCCCAACCACUGGCUCCGCAAUAGGGCAUUUGGCUUCACGAGCGGAAAUCUUUGCUAUAGUUGGAGCAUGAGUAUUAUGCCUAAACUGAGCAACAAGGAUCUCGAAAACUUUGACAUUGAACAUAAACUUGAGAUGAACACCCUCUCUCAGUAUAUGGAGUUUGCCACGAACAGAGAGCUGCCAUCUGGAAAUCCAGUGCCCGCAGAUCUCCCAGCCCUACCAGUCGACUAUAUUCGAAACCAUCUAAGAAGUCCUGUUCUUCAGAAUGCGCCGCGCAUGAAAGGUGGUGAAUUGCAGCCCCGUCCACUUAUUCGCAUAAUGAACGCGCUGGGAAGCAAUCGGAAUGCUGAAGGUUUUGUGAUGCUCUUGAGCGGAGUUAACUCGUGUAAAGUUCAGCUUUGGAGGGGAACCGACGUCUGGGACGCCAACAUCAUGGCCAAUCAGGUUCAAGAUUGGGAUCCAGCAGUGGGAAAGAUAGUUUUGCAGAAACUUCGGUCUCUGGCUGGGGUUAUUGACUAUUUAAACCACCCUACUAUACAAGCACAAAUGGUCAUUGAAGCUCACGAAGUUGAGGAGGAAUUCCGCCUGGCGGAUGACGCGUGGGUGGCGAAUGGAAACAAAGAGAAAAACAUUGGCGCACGAUGGUGGAGACUUAUAUACAAGGACCUCCUAGAGACUCGAUCAGCAAAAGCUCAGUCAUUGAUGAAGAAGUGGUGUGACGAGAUGGUGAAGAACUGGGGCGUACGGACAGGUGAUGAUGCCAAGGAAAUAUUGGAUGCUGUUAAAACCCUAAGCCAGGCACCGAUGGCGAUCAGCCUUGCAACCUUAGUACGUCGUACUAAGGUCCACUGGGGCUGUACUAUAUACCGUACAACAUACACUCCUCUCUCUGAGGCGCACUUCGCCAGAAUUAUCGACCUCAUAAAUGUCCUCAUCAAGGAAAAUGUGCGCACUCAGCAUGAUAAUGCUAGUGACAAAGAACGUGCUGCAUAUCAUACCCUCAUGGAGUAUUACGAACCCAUUAUAAUGAACGACAAGUCCCAAUUUGACGGUAUGACUAUUAACGAUGUACGCUCACAUUAUGAAACCUAUCUUGCAAUGCCCGAUCCUGAUGGAUAUAUUGACGAGAAAAUCGUCGAUCCUGAUGAGUGGAUGGAGAGGGAGAGUCACGGACCAAUAGAAAUCUCGGAGUCAACAGAAACCCGGCCCUGGACACAUUCAAACUUCUGCAUUAUUAUUGACGAAGAGGUGGUGCAGAACUUGGCCAGUGCUGAUUCGGCUAUGCUGCUCGCCACCAAUGAAGAUGGCCGCUUUCCCAACGCCAACAUAUCAAAGCACUGGGUGAAGGUGGUCGAUAUACUGUUAGUCCAUCCAGAACUGCAACAGAGGACGAACCCGGAACUUAACCAGUCCGUUUAUAAUACCAUGCAUAGUCGUCCAUUGCGACAGGCAAUGGCAGGCAUUUUUCUACUGUAA